AUGGGGGCUUUGCACCCUCUGGAUAUUACCGGAUGCAACACUGUGAAGGACAUCAAGGUCCUUAUUUCACGAAGAUAUUCGGUUCCUGUCUCUGAUCAGCAACUUGUAUUUAGAGAUAACGAGCUGGAUGAUGCGAGUCUGAUUUCGGAUCUUUCAAUUAGCAAUGAUGAUAUUAUUCAGCUUGAAUCCAUAUCGCAAUCUUCCUUGGAGAAUGUAUUUUCAAUGCUACUCUCUACUCCGGUUGAUGAGAUCAUUAAGCUGUAUCGUGAGAACAGUACCUUCCGAGAUGAGCUGAGUUCGAUGUUUCCCGAUCUUUCUAGAGUUAUCACAGCGGGCGAUUCAAAGCAGGUCCUCCGCUAUCUUCUACUGCAGUUUAUCAAUCUGUACUUCGAGCAAAUUGAGGCCGAUAACUAUGAAAUGGAAUUCGACGAAAUGGACGAGAUGGCUCCCGAGGCGCAGCAGCAUGCAUUGGACAUGAUUCAUCGCCGAAACCUCGCUCUCACCCAGGCAAUUCCGCUUCGUAAGCGAGGCCUCCACCUGUAUCUCCCCGUUACCAUCAACAAUACGCGUGUGAAUUUCGUGGUGGAUACCGGAGCUCAGUCAACCGUUAUCACCAGCAAGGUCGCAGAGGCCGCGUCGCUGCGUCGUGUGAUCAACGAGGCCAUUCAGCCAAUGCUGCUGGGAGUGGGAGUGUCGACUACGGACGGCGCAUUGAACGCGUUUGAUGUGUGUAUUGAGGGAGAGUACUUCGCGACCAGUGCGAUGGGUAGGAAAAUAGAGAGAGGAAUGAGGGGCAGUGAUGCCUGGAGAGACGGAGCGAAGCGCGUGUCUGCUUGGAUUGGACUUUUUGAAGAAGUACAAAGCGGUGAUCGAUAUAGAGAAGGGAGAAUUGACGCUGCGACUGGAUGGAAAGGAGAUUAA